AUGGACAAGGCAAUUGAACCCAUCUACUCACCCAUUGUUGCUAUGGCAAAAUUGAAGGACAAAAAUGCAAAAAAGCAUUUCGAUAUGAACAGGAAUUUUGGUGAGUUGAAGAGAAAAUAUAAUUCAAGAAACAAAUCGAGUUUUGAAAACAUUCGUUUACCAGCUUUGAAACAACUUUAA